GCAAUUUAGAUUUAGCCAUUCAGAGCGAAAAUGGACAUGAUCAAAGUACAAAUCAUCUCCACCGAAACCAUCAAACCUUCCCCUUCGACCCCACCCCACCUAAAAACUUUCAAUCUCUCUCUUUUUGAUCAGUCAGCUCCUCCAGUUUACGUACCAAUUCUUCUUUUUUACUCUCCUACUGAUGAUCUAAAAAAUCAUAGGAAAAGAUGGUCAGAUCACCUCAAGAAAUCACUCUCAAAAACAUUAGCCCACUUCUAUCCAUUUACCGGACAGAUCAACAAGGAUGAUGCCUUCACAAUUGACUGCAACGAUCGUGGUGCUACCUACGUUGAAGCUCAAAUAGAAGCUAACAUGUCUGAUGUGGUUCUUAAUGAACCGGAGAUUGAUAUGCUGCAAAGGCUACUUCCUUGUGAUCCACUUGAAAAGUUUGCUGAUCCCAGUAGUCGGGUCAUCCUAGCAGUUCAGGUUAAUUACUUUGCUUGUGGUGGCAUGGCCAUUGGUGUAUGCAUUAGGCAUGUAAUUGUGGAUGCGUCAGCUACAGCGAGCUUUGUUAAAAGCUGGGCAGCAACUGCUUCUGGAGUAAAUGAUAUUGAUGUUAAUGGUGUGAUUUACGAUUGCACCUCUCUCUUCCCUCCGCAAGAUUUAACAGAGUUACAACAGCUCAUGGAAAAUAGAAUGAAAAUUCGGCAAGCCAAUUGUGUAAUGAAAAGGUUUUUGUUUGAUGGUUCGAAGAUAGCCGCUUUAAGAAACAAAAUCAGCAUGGAGGAGAAAGAAUGUUUUUACCGUCCCACGCGCGUGGAGGCUGUCUCCGCCCUCAUAUGGGGCGCUGCAAUAGCUAUGGAGAAGACUGGAAAUAUUCCAAUGCAUGUGGCAGUAUUUCCAGUGAACCUAAGGAAGAUAAUGAAUCCUGUGUUACCUGAAUUGUGCAUUGGAAACAUCUACCAAGCUACCAUGGCAACUUCGACGACGGAGAAGAACGUAAAACACAGCAAUCUAGCUGGAAAAAUUCACGAGUCAAUAAAAAGGAUGAAAGAGGAGUAUGUGAGGAAGCGUGGUGAAUACUUAAACAUGAUGAUCAGAAAAAACUUUGGAUGGGGAAAGCCCGUUUGGGUGGCGACUGUCCUGCGGCUGAACAAGCUUGCCAUUCUGUUGGAUGCUAGUGACGGUCAGGGAAUCGAAGCAUGGAUAGGUUUAACAGAGGAAGAAAUGACAAAACUUGAACAAGACCCCGAAAUCCUUGCAUAUGCUUCUUUCAGGCCAAGCAUAAGCUAAUUAUUAAGCAAUUUGCAAUUAUCUGUCUCUUCAUUGUUUAAUGUACGUAUUAGUUUGUUACUUCAUAUGGGACAUCUGAUGUCGG